ACUUGACUCAAGGUGCCAGUUCACCGAGUCUUUCACAAACACCCACACAAUGGCUCCCCCCACCAAGGCCAAGAAGGCCAACGUCUUCGUCGUCGACUGCUCCAAGCCGGUUGAGGACAAGAUCAUGGACAUCUCCUCCUUCGAGACCUUCCUCGCCGAGCGCAUCAAGGUCGGCGGCAAGGCUGGCGCCCUCGGCGACGUCGUCUCUGUCGCCGCGGACAAGACCAAGGUGACCGUCACCUCCGACGCUCCCAUGUCCAAGCGCUACCUCAAGUACCUCACCAAGAAGUUCCUGAAGAAGCACAACGUCCGCGACUGGCUCCGCGUCAUCGCGUCCAACAAGGACCGCAGCGUGUACGAGCUCCGCUACUUCAACAUCGCCGACCAGGAGGACGAGGAGGCGUAAGCGCCUCAUCGGCUUCGGACGUACGGUAAUUUCCCGCGAUGAACGAGCGACGGACGACGGAUGGAGGUGGUUCGGGGGGUGGCCGGCGCGCGAAGGCGUCGGCCGCCGCUGGUGCCAUUUGUCACGCUCGGGUAGUCUCCUAUUAGACAUCAGUUUAGUGCUUUUAGAAGAGAAGAGACGCUCGACGAA